AUGGAGAAGUAGGUUUAACAAUACUAAGAUUAGUUUAAAGUCAAGGAUUAAGAAUGCAAAGAGCUUAAAAAGAGUCAAGCAUUAAAGGAUUAGAAAAUAGAGUUUCUUGAAAUACAGAUAAACGAUUUGAGACAGUAGUUAGAUGAUAAAGACAAGUAGCAUCAGCAAAUGUUUAUGGCUCUUAAUGGUGGGUUUUCAAAUGACUUUGAAAAAAGUGGAAGCAGCUAAAUUAACAAUGAAAAAAUAGAAAGCUACUAAUAAGAGAUCAAAAGGCUUUAGAACUCUCAUGGGAUUGAAGUCGACAAUUUAAUAUCAAAAGUUGAAUUCUAUCAAAAUAAAUUCAAUGAGUUGGAAUUACAGACUAAGCUACUCAAAUCUGAUCAUGAAUAAGAACUUGCUUAGUAUUAAAUCUUUGUUUAGGAGCUUGAAAGCUAGAAAAUAAGCUUUGUCGAAAAAUUCAAACAUUCAGAAAAUCAGAGACACCUAUCUUAAGAGUAAUAGGAGACCAAAUUUAGAAAAAUGGUUAAACUCUAUGAGAAUUAACUGGAGGAGAGAAAUAAUCAAUCACAAUAAGAUAUCAAGGAUCUAUAAGAGUAGAGUGAAAAGGAAAUUAUGUCACUUAGAAAUUUCUAUGAGAUGGAAAAGGAAAAACUAGAGCUCAGAUUAAAUGAGGAGAAGGAUAAGAAUUAGCAUAGAAUAAGCAUUUUGACUGAAGAGUUCGAGUAAAAACUAAGAGAUGAACUCUAAGAUAGGGAGGAAGAGAUUGAAUGCCUUCAGACUGAACUAAGAGAAAGUGAGUAAAUUCAUUAGGGAUUCGCAUAGUAGAUAGAAUAUGAGCUAGGCCUGAAAUAAUAAAUGAUAGAAAAUCUUGACAAACAGCUGAGAGAGACUAAGGAGAAGAUAGAGCUACUUGAGAAUGGAAAGUACAGUGCCUUCUAAAAGUAAAUAGAAAGCUUUGAGCAGCAAAGAUCAGAAUACAAUUCUAAGAUUGAGAGACUGCAGAAAGAACUUAAUGAGAAAGAUAAAAAUAAUGCCUUAAUUUAGAACUAGUUGGAUCAUGCUAAUGAAGAGCUUCAAAAGAAGAAUAAUGAAUAUGAAGAUCUUAAGUAGUAAUAUGAGGAUUACAAGAAGUAAACACAGGAAAAGAUUGAUAAUCUCAAAAAGAGAAUAAGCGAUUUUUAGGAUGAAAACCUUAAAUAUAAAGUCUAGAUAGAAAGGGAAAGAGCAUAGUACAGAUAAUAGGUUAAGCAAAAAGAGGAGGAGAUUAAAAGCAUUUAGAUUGCUAGAUAGACUGUUUAGAAUUAGUUAGCAGAUUUAUAGACAGAAAAAAAUAACUUGGAUAGAAUCCUUAAUGAAAAAGCUAUAGAGUUGAGAUGCUGUACAUGCUUGUGUCUUUAUGAAUUAAAUCAAUUUAAGGACCACAUUUAGAAUGAUAGAUGCAAGCCAGCCAUAAGUAAAGAAUAGCUUUAAGAACUUAAACUUAAGAACAGAGAAAAUUAUCAAGGCAAAAAUAAAGAUGAUAUUUCUAUUUAUCUCAACAAGUUUGAGCUAGUUUAAGAUCAAUAGAAUGAGAAAAUUAGCUUUAAAAUGAGUCUCUCAGUAUCAGACAAGUCAGGGAUCUAAUUUGAGCUUAAUAUGACAAGAACCUUACUCCAAUUGAUAGGUUUAAUAACUUACCUCGUUAAGAGAGAAAAAGAAAAUGAAAUUGGGAAAACCGCUUUUAAAAUUUAGGAAUAACUUAUGAAAAAUACUGGACCAACCAUUAAGUCAGACAAGAACACCUAAAAUAUUCUUAGGAUAAGUUUGCAGCACUUUUUCAAUGAGAUUCUAAGAAACCAAUAACUAAUGGCAACCAAUGAUCAUGUGAAGUCAUUCUUUGAAGAUAUCAAAAUUUACAAAAAUUUGAAUAAUGAGAGAGAAAAGCAAAGUCAGUUUAAAGAUAUAGUUAUUGUAGAAUGCUUUGACGAGGCUAAUAAUGCUUAAUCUCAGAAGUAAUCUAGAAUGGGUAAAAGUUUGAAUAGCUUUAGAAAUAGUGUCAAUUCUACAUCUGGUAAUACUGAGGAGACUGGGAAAAUUGACUAUAGAGAGUUGUAGAGAUAACUUGGAAUUGAAACAUCAACUGUGUCCCAGCGAGAUUCAAAGCUCAUUAAAUAAGACAAUGGCUCUAAGUAUCCAAAUUAUGUUGAGUUAGGAAGCAUGAAAAGCAAAGGUUAAAUUCUUUCGAUUGCUAGCGAUCAUGAAGAGGAGGAGGAAGUUAUUGAAUUUGUAAUGCCAAACACUAAACAAAAUCAGAAUGAUAGUUCUAGAAAGUCUUCUGAGCACUCAAGGAAAUCAAACGGAAAAUAUAAGGAGAUCCCUAUCGACCCUCUGUAAUACUUCGAGGAAGAUGAAGGAAGCUAGAUAAAGGUAGAGCAGAUCACAUUGAAUAGAGCAAGUAUUAAAAAAAGAACUAAUUCUGAAGUUCCUUCAGCAAAUGACAUUGAUGAUCAAAGUGAAGAAAUAAAAGAGUCUUUUGAAGAGACUUAAAGAGGAGAGCUCUUGAGAUAUGAAGUCUUUAUUAUAGCGAAUCCUCGUAGUGGCUCUAGAAAAGGGGCUUAACUGCUUAAAAAUUACGGCGGGAAGUUGCUUCAAAUGGUUUUCAAUGAAAAAAAUGCGAAUGUUUAAGUAUUUGACGUAAUUACACAAAAUCAAACCAAUUAGUCGUAACUGAUUGUCGCAGUUCUAGGAGGGGAUGGAUCACUUGGUUGCUUCAUUGACUCAAUCAUUUAAGAAUAAAUCAUUGCUGAUAACCUUUCAAAAAUUCAUUUCACUGGGCUUCCUUUUGGAACAGGAAAUGAUACAGGCAGAGCAUUUGGAUGGGGAGGAGAUGAAGGAAAGCUAGCCAAAAGUCUAGAAUAUAUGGUAGAAAAUUUAAUACUAGGCAAACGAGAAAAUCUGGCUCUAUGGGAAGUUGAAUUCAAAUCUGCAGAGACUCAUGGAUAUUCAGGUUCUGCUAGAAUCAAGAUAUCAAAAGAAGAUGAACACUAUAAGAAAAUAAUGUGUUGCUAUUUUAACGUCGGCUUAGAUGCUGUAAUUAGUAACGAUUAUGAGGGAAGAAGAACCAAAAGUAAAGCAUUGAAUAAGGCUAAGUUUACCUGGCUGGCAAUAAAGCACUUAUUAUGCAGCUGUUCAGCAUUUAGUGUCAAUAAUUUUCUUGAUUCGAUUCAUGAAAUUAAAGAAUAGAAGAGUCACAAACUUUUAGAUAUGUCCUAAAUACCUGUUAAUCCAAAGAUGAUGUUAGGAACUAAUCUACCUUCGUUUUAUGGGGGUAUGCAGAGUGAGGCUUGGUUUAAAAACAAAAAAAAUAAGGGAUUUAGCUCCGAAAUUAUUGAUGAUAGCAGACUAGGUCAAUAAUCUUAUAGCGAUAAUAAGAUAGAAUUAAUGGGCUAGCAUUCAAUAGGCAGACUAUUCACUCUGAAAGAAAUGAGGAGAUACUGCCAAAUAGAAGGACCUUUUGAGUUUCAUUUUAGAAAAGAUAUUCCUCAAUAGGCUCCUAUUUUCAUUUCAAUUGACGGCGAGAACUAUGUGAUGUUUGGUGCUGAGAAAUUAGUUUUCAGACAAUAUCAUCUAGCUCCAUACAUAACCAUUAUUAGAGGUCCCAAAAAACCAUUUAGAACAUGA